UAUCUCUCAUCAUGAACUAUUUAAACCAAAUUAUAGGACUCUCGAUGCUUUUUACUUGGAUGCCAGUUUGCGAGGGACAGUGCCGAUUAAAAGCUGCUGUUGGGCAAGUCAAAAAUAUUUUGAAAGAUGAUGUAAGGUUUUGUAUAUCCCAGUGUCUUCAACUAACAGGUGUCGGAAAAGAAGAAUGCACAUUCAACGCAACGACCGGAAAGAUAAAGGGGUGCGAUCCUCGUGCUCAGUUCAGACCCAGCAGAUUCAAAGUACUCUGUGAAUUCAAUUACAAUUGGCAUAUUCCAACAUUUCUAACGAAAUCACGUCAAUCACUGUGCGAUAUUUAUAUUGUACCCAUGGCCACUUUUAACAAAUCUACAAACCUAAUCGAAAUGAGGCCUGAGAGCCUGCAAGCUGUGCCUUUGUUCCUGAGGGAGGCAAAAAUAUAUGGCAUCAAAGUGACGCUGGCAGUUGGCUCAAUCGACGAUUACAUCAUGCACCCCAAAGAAUUCACCAGGAUUGCCAAGAACAAUGAACUGACGACCAAAUUUGCGCAAGGAUUGGCACAGUUGGUCAAUAAUUUUAAUAUCGAUGGAAUUACUAUUUCGUGGAUGUGGCCUGGUUGUCCACAGGGAAACUGUAUUCAAGAUGUGGACAAGAGAUCUGUCUCCGCUUUUGUACGUGCAGUAGCAGCCCCACUGAAAGUAGCCAGCAAAACCGUGAUUUACCAUAUGAAUGGAGUAAGCGUUAACGUCAUAAUGGCCUCUGGUGACUAUUUUAGCGAUAUUCUCGACGUGGUAGACUACUUUUUACUUCAAGCUCAAACCCAAAAUAGUUAUUUACUUGGAGUAACAAAGUUCAACUUUAACUUAAAGGAAACAAAAGAACUCAUCGGCGACCUUAAAAGAAAAAUUAAGAAAAGUGAUGAGUUACUUCCCAAAAUUAUUUUGAAUACAGAUCCAUACUACUACAGUUAUGAGUUAAUUGAUUCCAAAGAAGGAAAAAUUGGAACCACAUAUGUGAAAACUUCAAAGGAAAUAAAAGAGAGGAUCGGUAUGGUUGAAUGGUGCAAACUAAUCAAGGACCCAACAUACAACUUAGUCAAGAGCACUGAGACUCAAAACUACGCAGUCAGGCAGAAACACCUGUUCAUCUUUGAUGAUUAUCAAUCGUUGAGAGCUAAAAUUGAGUUUGUCAUGGGAUUUGGAGCUGGAGUAGGACUUUACAAUACGCUGGCCGAUGACUUUGAUGGAUUUUGCGGCUGUGGUAACAUGCCUUAUUUGAGUCUCAUGGUAUCUUUACUCAAAAUGGACUGUGAACCUCUGCCCUGUUUUUGAGGUCAUAAUUUCGUUUGAGAUUAUCAGAACCA